AUGCAUCUGUUAUCGCCACUUGCUUAUAUGUGCCAGAAUAAAAUCAGGGAGGCGUUUGAAAGCUCUGAUAUCUGCUUAUCCGUUGCCUUGCUUAUAACACAAGUUUCUGUUUAUUCUUUCCUCCUCUUUCUUACUUUCAUAGCUUUACCUUUCUUUCUUCCUGUUUUCUUUCAAUAUUUUUCUCGUUUUUCUUUCUUACUCUUUUGUUUUCUUCUCUUUCGCUUCUCUUUCUUGUCCUUUUUGCAUUCCCCCCUUUCUCUCAUUCUUUCAUUCCGUCUUUCUCUCUUCCUUUCUGCUAUUUCCUUUCUUCCUCUCAUUCCCUUUCCCUUUAACAUCGUUUUCCCUUGUUUCUCUUUCAUUUCUUUUUCUUUCCCUUUAUUCAUCCUCGUCUUUUAUUUCCUCCCAUUUUCAACCCUCUCCUUUGUUCCAUUCACUUUUUCCUGUUAUUUUUUCUUUCUUUCUUUCAUGUACAUUGAUUCUCUCUUUUCUUUCCUACUAAUCAUUUUCUUUCUUUCUCUUUUUAGGUUCUUUCUCCAUUCUUCCCUUUGCUGUUGCCAUUCCUUUUCCACUUUUCUUGUUGCUUCUCUUUCUUUUCUCCAUUUUUUUCCUUCCCUUUUCACUCAUUACUUUCUUACCUUUUUGCUUUCUCUUUUAAUUUUUUUUAUUCUUUACUGUUUAUUUCGAUUUCUUAGGAUCAGCCAGGAACUAUUUUCAAUUAUUGCUCUUUCUCCCUCCUCCUCUCUUUCUCCCUCCUCCUCUCUUUCUCCCUCCUCCUCUCUUUCUCCCUCCUCCUCUCUUUCUCCCUCCUCCUCUCUUUCUUCCAUUCUUAUCUUUAUAUCACUAUCUAUCUAUCUAUCUAUCUAUCUAUCUAUCUAUCUAUCUCAUUCUGUCCAUAUCUAUCUAUCUAUCUAUCUAUCUAUCUAUCUAUCUCAGUUCAUUCGUAUCUUUAUAUCUCAGUCUAUUCAUAUCUAUCUAUCUAUCUAUCUAUCUAUCUAUCUAUCUAUCUAUCUAUCUAUCUCAUUCUUCAAUAUAUAUCUAUUUAAGCCUAUUCAUAUCUAUUUGAGUCCAUUCUUAUCUUUAUAUCACAGUCUAUCUAUCUAUCUAUCUAUCUAUCUAUCUAUCUAUCUAUCUAUCUCAUUCUGUCCAUAUCUAUCUAUCUAUCUAUCUAUCUAUCUAUCUCAGUUCAUUCGUAUCUUUAUAUCUCUGUCUAUUCAUAUCUAUCUAUCUAUCUAUCUCAUUCUGUUCGUAUCUAUCUAUCUAUCUAUCUCAUUUUGUCCAAAUCUAUCUGUCUAUCUAUGGGCUAUGAUAAGUUCUUAG